AUGGUUCAGGCCUCCGCCUUGGCGGCGCUGCUGCGCCGCCUCAGGCGCCACCGCACCCCCGCCGCAGCCCGCCUGCUCCCCCACCGCCUCGUCUCCUCCGCUCCUACUCCCGCUCCGGCGCCCGCCUCGUCCUCGCUGGGACCGCUGCCCUUGCCAGGCCUGCUCGAGGGAGACGGCUGUGGCCGCAGCGGCAGCGGCCUCUCCGCUUCACUCGGCUCCCACCCGCGCCCCCGGCUUCCUCGGCGGCACCAUGCGGCUGCUACGGCUACCAGGGCGGCGCACCAAGCUGCUUCGAGCCCCGAGAGCCCCGCGGUGGCUGCGGCGGCGUCAAGUGAGGCUAGCACUAGCACUGCUGCUUCGCAGUCUGAGAUCGUCGAUUUUAUCAAGUCCGCGUUGGGGAAGCUUGAAGGACAAAAUCAUUGUUGGCUGAAUACUGUGAAUGGCACUUGGAGGAAUUUGAAUGAAGAAGGAAUAUAUCUUGUUCUUUUGUAUCAAUGUUGUGGAACAUUAAACAGCAACGACAAAUAUCCAAUUGCUUUCGAGAGAUUGAAACAUCUGCAACAGAGGUAUCCACGCCUGAAUGUUUUAGCUUUGCAACAUGGGGGUGAUAUUAGUUCUUUAGCAUCUCAAAGCCAAGCUUUCCGUACAAUAGCGAAGGAAUACAUUACAUUUCCUAUCUUGAUGUCAGACAAAGACUUCUCCAAUAUGACAAAUGGUGCUUGCUACUUGCUAUCUGAAGGUUCUAAGGACCCUGUCCUAUUCACAAACUGGGUUGAGGAGCCUGAUGUCAUGAUUAAGGCAAUAGAUGAACUUACUGCGUUGAAAGAAGAACCUUCUGAAAAUGUUCUGUCAAGAGUUUCUUGGCAGAAAGAAGAGGUUGUCAAAGAGCCAUCUGUUGGCUCCUUCAGAAACCUGUUACUUUACCACCCAGCAUGCGUAUCAGUUGAUGAAGAUGGGGAUCGCAUUUUUAUCUCUGACAGUAACCAUCAUAGGAUCAUCAUUAGCAAUAGCAAUGGGAUGAUUUUAGAUUAUAUUGGAUCUUCCCCAGGCUUUGAGGAUGGAGAGUUUGAGUCAGCCAAAUUCUUGCACCCAGCUUCAUCAUUUUAUCAUGCUGCUGAAGACUGUCUAUUUAUUGUAGAUUCAGAGAAUCAUGCGGUCAGAAAAGCAGAUUUGGGAAGAAGGACUUUAGAAACAGUUUAUCCAGUCUUCAAUAAAAGCAAUGGCAUCUGGAGCUGGAUAACCGAUAAGCUUGGUCUCAGGAAAGAAGUUCCUCCAACUAUUCAAGAUUUUGAUGCAGACACCAUAGCACUUCCAUGGCAUUUGAUACAAAUUUCAGAGGACAACUUAUUAAUCACAGACCGCAGCUUUGAAGCUCCAUGGAUCCUGAGAAUAUCAACUGGCGAAAAGCAGGAUAUUGGGAGAGGCAGAGCUGAAGUAACAGAGUCAUAUCAGCAAACUGUAAAGGAGAGGUGUGCCCUUAUAAAGGAUAUGCACAUGAAUUGGUCAUCAAGUGCUAGAGUGCUUUCUGAUUCAAUGGAGAAGAUCCCCAACAGUGAGCUUAUAUCAUCGGUUGCAAGGUUUCAGAAUUACAUUAUCUUCUGUGAUACAGAUGGUCAAAGGGUUCUGAAGCACAACUUGGAUACCAGGACCACCUUAAACAUUGAGUUUUCUAACUGUGAGGUACUUGGGUUGCCAUAUUGGUUUGUUUGCAAUCUCGAGAGAGUAUCAACCUGGGGACAUUCAUCUGGACAAUUUCAAGAGCAUGUACAUCAAGUAGACGUGCUUCCUGGAAGGUGCAACAUCACCGUGUACGUAGACAUUCCAGUUGACACUGAACUUGCCGCACCUUUGUCAGAGAAUUGUAUCUGGCGCCAAGUAAGGGGAUCCGGUGCUGAGGUCUCUGGAUCUGAUGGACCAGACACAGCCACAGAGAAGGUCGGUAUCGCACAGCAGUGGUAUGAUGAGCUGGACAACUUGGCCUUCUCUGAAGUGGCGGAGGAACCUACUGCUGCCCAUGGAGACGACAGCAAACCUGGUGAUCAAAGUUACCAGGACCAAAGAAGAGUGCAGUUCACCUGUGCAGUGAACGUUAGUCCUGGGACAUGUGAGCUGGUGGCUUCUGUCGCGUUGUACCUGAAGCUGGCAAGGACAACCGACGCCGUGGACCAGAAGCGGGUGAUGGGGUGCCAGGGCCGCCGUGAGGAGCACGCCGGCGUGGAGCUGCUGAUGGAGAGCCGUGGGGACGACACGAGGGACCUGGUGGUGGUGAAGCCGGUGCACCUGCGGCUGCGGCUGGAGUGUGGCGACCACCCCGCUGGCACCACCAACAAGGAGACCAUCAGCAUCGAGUCCAGCCUCAAGAUCAAUGUCACCUUGGACUAG